AUGCUGCAUCGCUCUUUCCCUUUUCGCUCCAUCGCCCAGCAGAAAGUGUACGAGCUACGCGUUUAUGACAUUAUACCGAACAAGUACGACACGUUUCACCGCAUGUCGAUGGAACUGCUGCCAAUGCGUGCGUCUGUGAGCAGGUGCCAGGGCUACUGGGUGGUGCAGGUUGGUGGCGUCAACCAGAUGGUGCACCUCUGGGAGUACGACUCGCUGCUUCACCGCUACCAGGCGCGCAACGCGCUUGAGAACGACGAGAACUGGAAGCUCCGCUACACGAAUCCACGACGGGAGUGCCUCUCAGCACAGUCGAAUAUGUUGAUGCGCAUGAUAUACCGCGAGAACAGCCCGAGCACCCUUAGCUACAAGUACCUGCUCAAGAUCACACCAGAGAAGGAACUUCUACUCACCACGCCUGGUGUAACACUGGCCGCCUCCUAUGUUGUGACGGUUGGUGAGCACGAGGGGAAGUAUGUACAUAUUGUGAAGGGCAAGAUGCUUGACGAUGUGGUGCCAUUGGAGCCGACGCCAGGUAGUAUUUCGAAGAUCAUGGGACCGGCGCGCUGGUCCUCGUCAAUCGGCUGCCUCUGGCGGUGA